AAUGCUUUUGGCUUGCACCUCAUUGACUAUAUGACCGAGAUACUGAAGCAGAAGGACGCGGAGCUGACCAACUUCAAGAUCGCGGCCGGCACCCUCGAUGCCAGCGCCAAGAUUUACGCGGUGCGAGUGGACGCGGUCCAUGCGGAUGCCUGCAAGGUUCUCGGAGGCUUGGGCAAGGACUCGGCCCCUCCGAAGGAUGCGGACAGCCAGGAAGGAGAAGAAAGUGCUGCAGCUGCCGAUGAGUCUGGCAAGAGAGCUCCCACAAGGAAAAAACACUCGUUCAAAACGAUAGAGCAGAACCUGAAUAACAUCAACGUGUCCGAGGCUCAUCGCCGACCUGAGGUCGAUCCCAUGUUCCAGAAAACAGCAGCGUCUUUUGACGAGUGCAGCACGGCGGGCAUUUUCCUCACUGGCCUGCGUACCCACGGCUGCCAGAGCGAGCUCCUCUUCGACUCGAACAUUGUGCCUCUCCCGUCUUCCGAGACGCCCGCCCUGCCAAACUCCGCACUCGUGAAAGUGGUGGAUUUAAAGUCCCUGCUCACGCAGUGUGUUCACAAACGCCCCAUCUGCUCUUCCCUGGCUGGAUUCCAGUUCACACAGUGGGAUGCCGCAUCCCACGAUGAGUCUGUGUCAGCCCUGCUGGAUAAAUUCAAGAAGAGCGACCAAGUGUUUGACAUCAACGCGGAGAUGGACAGUGACGUGGAAGAUUGUGUUCCCACCAUGCCAAAUGAUGACUUUGGUGCCGACUCCCCCAACUGUACAUUAACCAACAAGAUGGGGGAGCUCACAGGAAGCCUCAGGACCUUUGGGACAAUCCAGGAGAGCAAAAGCACUGAGGCGGCUCCUCUGGGCGAGGGAGACAUCGGCACCAUGUGCCUCCACCUUUCCAUGAAACCAGGAGAAUAUUCCUACUUCAGUCCCCGAAUUCUGUCCAUGUGGGCUGGCCCGGAGCACUGGCGCUUCAAACCUCGUCACAAAUCUGACACUGUCUCUGAAAAAGAGAGUAGGAGGAGGAAUACAAAGAAAGUGUUUGAAAUAAACUUUGAUGAGGAUAUUGACUUUGAGGUGCAUUUCUGUAAGACGAAGACAGCUGCAACCCUGGCCAAAUCCAUCCUGGAAAGCCAGAACGUGAGGAGCACCACACUUCCCCCUGACUUCAACUAUGAUCCUAGCAACAUUGUGCAGCUCUUCCUCAAGCCAGAUGUCAAGCUCUGCUGGUUGGCUGCACCAGGCAGCUCGUUGGAUCACGAAGAUGAGAUCGGCGAGUACGAUUACAACAACCCCAAUGACACCUCCAACUUCUGCCCUGCAUUGCAGGCUGCCGAUAGCGACGAUGACAACGACCCCGCUGACUUUGGGGGACAGCCAGGGGAGUUCAACCUCACUGCCCACCCUGCGAAUCAAGACGCUGAGCAAAACGGCGGCGAGGGUGGCGUCGAUAUCACAACAUACGGCGAGCUGAACCUCGUUGCGGAGCCCCAGAAGGUCAAUAAGAUAGCAAUCCAGUAUGCAAAGACAGCCAAGAAAAUGGACAUGAAGAGGCUGAAGCAAAACAUGUGGGACCUCUUGACUGAUGGACAGAAGAAAGAAAUAGCGGAAGAGAUAAAAAACAUGGAGGAAGAGAUGGAGAAAUCAGCAGUAGCAGGCGAGAAGGUCUUCAGCAGCAUCACAAAGGAACUGAUUCACAGACUGCCCUCAGUGAUGGCUAAGAACCUGUCGGUGCCGCUGGCCUUCGCCUGCCUCCUGCAUUUGGCGAACGAGAAGAAUCUGAAGCUGGAGGGCACAGAGGACCUGUCGGAUGUCCUAGUGAAACAAGGCAACUGAGAGAAGCUCGUGGCGGUUGCUGCUCCAGGACAGAGCUCUGCUCUCCCAGCUCGUGCCAACAGUGUCGCUGGGCAAUCCCAGGGGUGUCUUGGGAAGACUUACAUCACGGAUGCCCCAUCUAACCAGGGGGCAUCCCUAGGGAUGGAGAGCUGCAGCUCGGCCUGCCGGUCUCUUGUCACGCUGGCUCCGUCACCUCAUUCCUUGGGCCUCGUAGCAGGGUUCCUGGGAAAGGCUCCUCCAGGUGUUGCUCUUCAGGGCCUGGACUGACCCAUUCAUGGUUCCAGUUCC